AUGCCUUCCAUCUCCAACUUAAAUUAUGAAACACCAGUUAUGUUGCCCUCUUUGCAGGUUGAAACUGUUGCUAUUAUAGGCGGAGGCGCUUCAGGAGCGAUUACCUUGGACAGUUUACUAAAAGAGCCAAAUUCGAAAAUUAAACAAAUCACCAUCUUUGAGAGACAGCAGAAAGUAGGUGGUGUCUGGUAUUUCAAUCCUGACACAAUACAAACUCCUAACCAUAUAGUCAAAGCAGGUAAUAUCAACUUUCAAAAUGACCCACAAUUGGAAAACCCCUUUCACGAUCACAAGUACACACGAAAGUUGAUCCUACCAAAGAAUACACAAGAAAGGUUCAUUCAAACCCCUAGUUAUUACGGGAUAAAAACCAACAUUAUUGAGAAAAUGAUGACAUAUAGUGACGCCAAUACAUGGCCAGUGGAGGGCAAUGACGAAGAGAGAAAAUAUGUUGUGGGAACUGUUGUUCAAGAAUAUAUUGAAAAAUAUAUUGAUCGGAAUUUGAACGAUGCGAGGGUCAGUUUGAAAUUAGCGUCAACCGUGGAAGAUGUGGAAAGAGUCGGCAGGGAUGAUGAUGCCGCUGUGCCAUAUAGAUUUAAAUUGACGGUUCGAGAACAAUACGAUGAUAAACAUGAUUACUGGUACCAGCGAGAGUUUGACUCCAUCAUUGUUGCAACAGGUCAUUACCAUGUCCCUUACAUUCCUAGUGUACCUGGUUUAAACACCUUGCAAGAAAAGUUUCCUAACGUAGUUCAACAUGCAAAAUUUUAUCGUGAUUCAGAUUCAUACAAAGACAAAACGGUAAUUGUGGUUGGUUCGCGUGCUUCCGGUAGUGAUUUGACCAAGUUUGUCGCUAGGGAACCAGGAACUAAAGUUUACCAAUCUAUUCGCAACUACGAUCGCACCAAAGUGCUUUCAACGAGACCUAAUGUGACGAGUAAACCAGUUGUUGAGGAAUUUCAACUACCUGAUUCAGAGGACUCAAAGAUAAUUGUCAAGUUCUCCGAUGGAUCGACUGUUACCGAUCCUGAUCAUAUAAUUUACUGUACAGGAUAUUUAUUCUCAUACCCAUUUUUGGAUCGAUUAUUUGACAAAACGCUUACCAACGAAGGUAUCACGGUUUCAAACCUAUACCAACACACAUUCAUCAUCAACGAGCCGUUAAUCACCAUUGUUGGUGUCCCUAUAGAUGGAGUCUCGUUUAGAGUAUUUGAAUAUCAGGCUAUUAUAGUGGCCCGAUAUUUGACAGGUAAGAUUGAGUUGGUUUCACGCAACAAGCAGCUUGAAUGGAUUAAGCACAGAUACGAGUUGAAGGGGAAUUCUAGGUUGUUUCACACGAUUGGUGUUACUGACGCUUUGGAAUAUGCACGAACCUUGACACAAUUAGGUCAGGUCCUGGAAAAGACGAGGGUUGGGCGUCAGUUUCCUCCAAUGACAGAGGAAGAUAUAACUUUGUAUAGAGAGGCAGGGGAGAGAUUGCGAAAGUUCUGGGAUGAGAGAUAG